AAAUUCUUUUGGAGAUUUGCUCGCGUGCGAUCAGCCGGCAACAUGAAGCAGAUCGUGACAAAUCAAAUGGUUAAAAUUCCUGAUGGCUUGACUGCCUCAGUCAAGUCAAGGAUGGUGACUGUAAAGGGACCAAGAGGUACCCUGAAGCGAUCGUUCAAACAUCUCGCCCUGGACAUUCGUAUGAUCAACCCACGAACCCUAAAAGUGGAAAAGUGGUUUGGAAAGAAAAAAGAAUUAGCCGCUGUGCGCACUGUGUGUUCGCACAUCGAAAAUAUGUUAAAGGGAGUAACUAAAGGGUACAUCUAUAAGAUGCGUGCAGUAUAUGCCCAUUUCCCCAUUAACUGCGUUACUACCGAAAACAACUCGGUUGUUGAAAUUAGAAAUUUCUUGGGUGAGAAAUUCAUCAGACGAGUAAAAAUGGCCCCAGGAGUUACCGUUAGUAACUCGACCAAACAGAAGGAUGAGCUAAUUGUUGAGGGUAAUUCCCUAGAAGAUGUUUCACGAUCAGCUGCUCUUAUCCAACAAUCAACCACUGUAAAAAAUAAGGAUAUUCGUAUGUUCUUAGACGGUUUAUAUGUAUCUGAAAAAACUACUGUCCAAGAAGACAACGAAUAA